AUGUAUGCAGCUCCAUAUACCUCAGGUCGACAAAGUGAUGGUGUUACCGAUGAUACUGCUGCUAUCAACGCUGCUAUCAGCUCUGGUGGAAGAUGUGGUCAAGGGUGUUCUUCGACCACAACCACUCCUGCAGUUGUCUACUUCCCAUCUGGAACCUAUUUGAUAUCUUCGUCCAUAAUAGACUAUUACUACACCCAGAUUAUUGGUAAUCCAAACAGUUUACCAGUUCUCAAGGCUACGCCCAACUUUUCAGGCUUCGGUCUGAUUGAUGCAGACCCGUAUUAUAGUCCCGUUCUCAACUGGGGCUCCACCAAUGUGUUCUUAAGACAAAUUCGCAACUUGGUCUUUGAUAUGACUGGCAUUCCUGCUGGAACCACAGCAACAGGUCUGCAUUGGCCAACUUCUCAAGCGACAAGCUUACAGAAUGUUGAAUUCCGGAUGAGUUCCGCACCAGGAACUCAACACACUGGUCUGUUCUGUGAAAGUGGUUCUGCUGGACUUUUAGUUGAUGUUACCUUCAAUGGUGGACUUGUUGGUGCCGCCAUUGGCAACCAGCAAUUUACCAUGAGAAACUUGGUUUUCAACAACUGUGUUACGGCCAUUAGCAUGUUCUGGGAUUGGGGAUGGUUGUUCCAAGGUAUCAGCAUAAACAACUGUCAGAAAGGAAUUGAUAUCUCGGCAGGAGGAUCUACCGCUCAGAACGUGGGUUCGGUUAUUGUGAUCGACAGUUCAAUCACUAACACUCCGGUCGGAAUUAUUACCGCUUAUACAUCCAAUGCAUCACCAGAUACAGCUGGUAGUCUCAUACUUGAAAAUGUGGCACUCAAUAAUGUCCCCACAGCUGUUACUUUGAGUGGCGGAGCGACACAAUUAGCUGGUACAAGUGGAAGCACGACCAUUGCUGGUUGGGGCCAAGGGCGCAAAUAUGAUCCCAGUGGUCCAUCUGAUUUCCAAGGUGCCAUCACUCCAAAUAAUCGACCUGCAUCUUUACUCAGCGGAAACAAAUAUUAUACUCAGUCGAAACCUCAGUACAAUACAUUGUCUGUCUCUUCAUUUACGAGUGCGAGAACCAAUGGUGCGAUUGGAGAUGGUGUAACCGAUGAUACUGCUGCUUUGCAACGUGGAAUUAAUAAUGCAGCAAGUUCCGGCCAGGUAUUUUUCCUGGAUGCAGGUACUUACAAAGUAACAAGCACAAUUACUAUCCCUCCUGGUUCAAGAAUAGUAGGCGAGUCAUAUUCUACCAUCAUGUCAAGUGGCAAUUUCUUCAACAACAUCAAUAGUCCUCAACCAGUUGUACGAGUUGGAAACCCUGGUCAAACAGGACAUGUCGAAUGGAGUGAUUGUUUAGUCUCAACACAGGGUCAACAAGCUGGUGCUACGUUGAUCGAAUGGAACCUCGCCAAUUCCGGUUCAACGCCAUCUGGAAUGUGGGACGUGCACACACGAAUUGGUGGUUUCACAGGAUCGAAUCUACAAGUUGCUCAGUGCGAGAAGAAUGCAGCCAGUACAACGGUCAAUUCAAACUGUAUUGCUGCAUACAUGGGCAUGCAUAUUACAUCAGGUGCCAGCGGCUUGUACAUGGAGAAUGUGUGGAUUUGGACUGCUGAUCAUGAUAUCGAUGAUCAAGGUUUGAGACAACUCGAUAUCUAUGCAGGAAGAGGUCUGUAUAUUGAAAGUACCGCGGGAACUUUCUGGCUUGUCGGCACUGGAGUUGAACAUUUCACACUGUAUCAAUACCAAUUGUCCAAUACCAAGAACAUUUUCAUGGGUUUCUUGCAGACAGAAACACCGUAUUAUCAACCACAACCAAUUGCACCAACCCCCUUCAGCGUUGUCACGUCUCUUAACGAUCCUAAUUUUAGUACUUCAUGCGCAGGCCAAUCCGGUAACUGUGCUUCGGCCUGGGGUUUGAGGAUCAUGAACUCCAACAACAUUCUUGUCUAUGGAGCGGGACUUUACUCAUUCUUCGACAAUUAUUCUACCACCUGCUCCAAUGCUGGCGGCCCCGAAAAUUGCCAGACGAACAUCCUCAGUCUCGAGGGCUCAAUCUCAAAUGUAAAUAUCUAUACCUUGGCUACAGUCGGCGUCACGAAUAUGAUCACGAGAAACGGACAGUCCCAAGCGUUGUAUAACGCGAAUCUCAAUGUAUAUCCUACUUUGAUUACAUUGUAUAAGUCUGGUUAG